AUGGCCAUUCUAUCAAGAUUGGUUGGCUUUGAGUCUCCAAAUACAUAUAAAUUAUAUGUGAGUGGAGACACAUGCAAAGAGGAUGCCCCAUCCUCAGAGGAGUUAAAAGAGGUUCGGAGGCUCACGACCCUUGCUUUUAGGGAUUGUGUCCCUUAUCAAAGAAGCUCCUUUGUUGCCCUCCAGUCAAGAACCGGAGUUGAGGUUUGUACAUUUUGUUUGAUUAUGAAGAAUGCAUCUUCAUUACUCGAUAACAGAGAUCUGUUGAAAUUGGAAACUGAAGCUACACUUGCUGAUCUUGUAAGAUUGUUUGUCUCGCUGGAUGAUAACUUGGAUAGCAAUGAUCUUCAGGUUCCCUCCAAUAGGCAGAAGGUGGGUGAAGUUCUCAUGGAUGCGAUUGUCGCUCUCAACAGAUUUGAACAUGGUGUGAAAGAUUGCCUGGGUAUCUGAGGAGUGCUGCAAAAGAAGGGUAUGCUCAUUAACAUGGGCCAGAAACACUAUGCUACAGGAUCAGGCAUGAAGCCUUGGCUCACUCUCACAAUGGCCUGCUUCGUGGUCUGAUAUAGGUUGAUGAUGCACUUGUGUGGUCUCGUGUAUGUAGGUGGAGAGGAUUGGGUAUACGAAAUGUCAGAUGUGAGUGCCGUAUCCUUGUAUUGACACAUGCAAAAGACAACUAUUAUUCUGCAGGAAAAUCUCUCUCUCUCUCUCUCUAUAUAUAUAUAUAUCUCCUUUUUCUUCUUUGGAACAUAUACUGAUUCUGAAACUCAAGUUUGGCUUUGCUCCUUCA